AUGUCCUGUUGCCCUUUAACCUAUGUAGUACUUCAGGUACCCUUUAUUCGGGUAUCAUGCCUAAGGCUUAUGACUGACCAUAUCAGGAUGCUCUUGAGAGUCCAACUCAACACCAUCGGUGGAGACAAUAAAACCUUUUCAAGUGACUUCACCCUCACAGGGCUCUUCACUCAAAGUGCAGCCUCAGGCUUCCUUUUCAGCAUCAUCUGUGUCAUCUUCUUCAUGGCCAUGAUAGCUAAUGGGGUCAUGAUCUUCCUGAUUCACAUAGACCCUCACCUCCACACCCCUAUGUACUUCCUGCUCAGCCACCUCUCCUUUAUUGACAUGAUGUACAUCUCUACCAUUGUGCCCAAGAUGUUGGUCGAUUAUCUUGUGGGCAAGGGGACCAUUUCCUUCAUUGCCUGUACAGCCCAGUACUUUCUCUACAUGGGCUUUGUGGGGGCUGAAUUUUUCCUGCUGGGACUCAUGGCUUAUGACCGCUAUGUGGCCAUCUGCAACCCCCUUCGCUAUCCUGUCCUUAUGAGCCACCGGGUCUGUUGGGUGAUCUUGGCCAGCUCUUGGUUUGGUGGUGCUUUGGACAGCUUGCUUCUCACCCCUAUCACCAUGAGUCUCUCAUUCUGCAGUUCCCAAAAGAUCAAUCAUUUCUUCUGUGAAGCGCCCACCAUGCUGAGGCUGGCCUGUGGUGACAAAGCUGCCUAUGAAAUGAUCAUGUACAUAUGCUGUGUCAUGAUGCUGCUGAUCCCCUUCUCUGUGGUGAUUGCUUCCUAUGCCCAGAUUCUCAUCACAGUGCACCAGAUGAAGUCAGCAGAAGGGAAGAAGAAGGCCUUUGCCACCUGCUCAUCACACAUAAUGGUGGUGGUGUUGUUUUACGGGGCUGCCCUAUACACAUAUAUGCUUCCCCAACCCUACCACACACCGAUCAAAGACAAGGUCUUCUCUGCCUUUUACACCAUUCUCACUCCUUUGUUAAAUCCUCUCAUCUACAGCUUGAGGAACACAGAUGUAACCGGGGCCUUUAAAAGGGUUUUGGCAAGAUGUCAAGGGGAUCCUGGUGUGUCAAGGGAGGGAUUCUGA